AUGACACACACAACCGGCCCGACGAAGGCCUCUGGCGAGUCCACGAUUUUUCUUUUCGGUCCUCAUGUCGGCACAUUCACCAAACAGUCAAUGAACAAGCUAGUGCAUCCGCUCUCUCAAAGCCCGCAGAGAGACUGGAUCCUCGACACAAUCGCCGAGCUCCCGGGGUACUGGGAUGCCCUGGCGGCCAAGAUGCCAGAUGUAGCCCGCGACAUCGAUGGCUCACGGUCUCUAGCUGAACUCGACUCUUGGCUUCGACACGGCUCGGCCAACUUGGGGGAAGAUGAUUCGAACCUGCCCAGCAUAAUUGUCGGCCCGCUGGUGGUCUUCAUACAACUCACUCAAUACUGGCGGCACCUCGAGCUUACAAAAGCCGGGACGCAGGCCACGGAUUUGCAGGCAGACCUGGUCGCUAUGCACAGCAAUCAGACGGGCGACAAAGUCGAGAUACUAGGCUUCUGUGCUGGAUUGCUGGCUGCUCUCGCCGUCGCCAGUUCCAACAACCGCCAGGAGUUCCAGAAGUACGGUGCUGUCGCGGUGCGACUAGCAAUGCUCAUCGGGGCCUUGAUUGAUGCUCAAGAAGUAUGGGACAAGGCCUCCGGUAAAGGCAGUUCAUCGUCAUAUGCGGUUGCCUGGCGUGGACCAAAGCAGGAAGAGGACAUGACGCGCAUUAUCGACGACUUGGCAGCCAAUGCAUACAUUGCUGUCCGCUACGAUCAGACCCGUGCCACAGUCACGGCGUCGGAGACGAUUGCUCCUCUUCUGCUCAAGAGAUUCCGUGCCGCUGGCAUCACGGUAGCUGAGGUCGGCAUUAAGGGCCAGAUUCAUAGUCCCAACCCGGACCGAAGAGCGCACACCAAUGCGCUCGUCGACCUGUGCAAUUCCUUGCCAGGCCUCCAGUACGCUGCUGCAGAAAGACUCGCUCUGCAAACCUACGACAACCAAGGCGACGGAAAGCCCCUGUUGCCUGAUCGAGGCAGCUUGACCGAGAUGGUCUUGCGCUCCAUCUUGGUGCAACAAUGCCACUGGUACGACACUUUCUCCGCCGUCACGGAACGCCACCAGGAUCCCUAUGUCGUGACAUUUGGCCUGGAGCGCUGUGUCCCACCCACUCUGAUGCGCAGCCUGGGCGGCAGACAAGUCUUCUUUGAAGACUUGCCCAAAGAUCCCAGCCAUCCUUCCAGCUGGAUGCCCAAUGCUCCCCAUGGACCGCAGCAGCAGCUUCAACAGCGACAACUUCCUGUUGAGGUGCAUACAAAGCCGGCCUUUGACGUCAGCAAUGAGGCCAUUGCUAUUGUUGGCAUGUCGGUCAAGACUGCAGGGGCCGACGACCUCGCUGAAUUCGCCGAGAUGCUCAAGACGGGUCAGUCACAACACAUUCCCAUCACCAGGGACCGACUCAUGCACGAUAUGCUGUUCCGCGAGUCUGCUGAUAGCGACCCGAAGCGCAAAUACUACGGCUGCUUCUUCCGCGACGGUGACGCCUUUGACCACAAGUUCUUCAAGCGUAGCCCCCGUGAGGCAGCCGCGAUGGACCCCCAAAGUCGCAUUGUUCUGCAGACAGCCUACCAGGCCAUUGAGCAGUCUGGCUACUUUGCUGAAGACCACACCGGCUAUACGCCGGAUGGACGCGACAAGGCGCACGUUGGCGUCUAUCUCGGCUCGUGCGGCGUGGACUAUGAACACAAUAUUAGUUGCCACGAUCCCAAUGCCUUCACAGCCACAGGAGCCCUAAAGAGCUUCAUCACAGGCCGAGUCUCACAUCUUUUCGGCUGGACCGGCCCGUGUAUGACCUUUGAUACGGCGUGCUCGUCUUCAGCCGUGGCCAUUCAUACAGCAUGCCGCAAUCUUCUGUCCGGCGAGUGCACGGCAGCACUGGCAGGAGGUUCCAAUACCGUGACCAAUAUGAAUUGGUUCCAGAACCUCGCUGCUGGCUCUUUUGUGAGCCCGACAGGCCAAUGCAAGCCUUUUGAUGACGAUGCAGAUGGAUACUGCCGUGCCGAAGGCGCUGCAUUUGUUUUCCUUAAAAGGCUGUCGGAUGCAGUACGCGACGGCAAUCCCAUUCUCGCCACCAUCGCCAGCAGUGCUGUCUACCAAAACCAGAACUGCACGCCGUUGUUCGUGCCCAAUUCGCCCUCUCUCUCGCAUCUCUUCAAGGAUGUCAUGCACCAAGCCAAGAUCACUGCCAACGACGUCUCUCUGGUCGAGGCCCAUGGUACCGGAACCCCCGUUGGAGACCCGGCAGAGUAUGAGAGUAUUCGCGUGGCUCUCGGGGGUCCAAUUCGCAAGAAGACGCUGCCUAUCGGAUCCGUCAAGGGCCACAUCGGUCACACUGAGGGAGCGUCUGGUGCUAUUGCGCUCGUCAAGAUCAUCAUGAUGAUGCGUGAGGGCUUUAUCCCACCACAGGCUAGCUUUAAAAAGAUGAACCGCAAGAUCCCAGUUAGGGCCGACGACAAUAUGGAGGUGGUCACAAAGCUGCGGCCGUGGGAUGAGCCACACAAGACGGCGCUGCUCAAUAACUAUGGCGCUUGUGGGUCCAAUGCGAGCAUGAUCAUAACUGAGCCAGACAAGGCGCUAUCAGGGCCGAUCGAUGGUUCACGCUACCGAAAUACAGGGCAGCGGUAUCCCUUCUGGAUUCCGGGAUUCGACUCCCGGGCGAUCACUGCGUACUGCGCCAAGUUGGGCUCGUGGCUGCGGUCAUGUCGUCAGGAACCAACCCUGGCCGAUGUCUCGUUCAAUGUCAACAGGCAGUCCAACCGCAGCUUGACUCAGGGAUUCAUCUUCAACUGCCGCUCCAUGACCGAGCUUCAUGAGAAGCUGGAACAGGCGGCUGCGGCAGGCAAGGACGCCGCUGCGAAUGCAGGAAUUACUCCUGUCAAGGCCGAAAGACCUGUCGUCCUUUGCUUUGGUGGCCAGGUAUCGCGCUUUGUCGGGCUAGAUCGCAACUUGUUCGAGUCAGUGGCUAUCUUGCGGCAGCACCUCGACCAUGUCGAUGCUGUCGUUACAUCCCAAGGUCUGGGGAGCAUCUAUCCUGAGAUAUUCGAGAGAGAACCCGUGCGAGAUACAGUCAAACUGCAAACCAUGUUAUUCGCCUUGCAGUACGCCUGCGCAAAAAGCUGGAUGGACAGUGGCCUCCAGGGUAAGGUUCAAGCUGUCGUGGGCCAUAGCUUCGGAGAAAUCACGGCGCUGUGUAUUGCCGGCGUCCUCAGUCUAGAGCACACCGUCCAGCUCGUGGCCGCGCGUGCUGCGCUUGUUCGCGACAACUGGGGUGCUGAUCCAGGAGCCAUGAUGGCAAUCGAAGCUGAUGAGAACCUGGUCAACGAGCUCCUUCUGGAAGCCAACCGUGGAUCGGAUGGCUCUGCCAGUAUCGCGUGCUACAAUGGGCCCCGCAGUUUUACAAUCGCUGGAUCGACUGGUGCCAUUGACGCCGUCCAGCAGACCAUGGGCUCCAACUCCAAAUUUGGAUCUAUCAAGAGCAAACGCCUGAGUGUUACCAAUGCCUUCCACUCGGCCCUUGUCGACAAGAUCAGCGAUGGCCUGGAGCGCAUUGGCAAGACGCUGACCUUCCACCGGCCCAUCAUCCCGGUAGAACGAGCCACCGAAAUGCCCUUUGACAUGGACAAUCUGGACGGUUCAUUUGUGUCCCAGCACAUGCGCCAGCCGGUCUACUUCAACCACGCGCUGCAGCGUUUGGUCAAGCGAUACCCACAAGCCAUCUUCCUCGAAGCGGGUUCCAGCUCGACCAUUACCAUUAUGGCCAGUCGGGCCAUUGCUCAAAGCCAAGCAUCAUCAUCAGACGCGCACCAUUUCCAGGCUAUGUCUAUCACCAGUGACACGGCCUUCGACUCGCUGACGGACGCCACCAUGGCUCUAUGGAAGCAGGGCCUGCGAGUCUCCUUCUGGGCACACCACGCCGUCCAGGCUCGCGACUACGCGCAGCUCCUCCUGCCGCCGUAUCAGUUCGACACAUCGUCCCGUCACUGGCUCCCAAUGAAGUCGCCCUUGGAGGAAGUCAAGAAAGCCGCAGCCGCUAUGGUAGCCGCUGGCGGUGAUGUUGGGACCGGGCAGCAUCAACAAAAUGACGCUCUUCAAGACCCCCGGUUGCAGAGUCUGUGGAAUUUUGUCGAGUUCCAAGACGGAGACAACAAGAAGCCGCGGUUCCGUAUCAAUACUGGGUCGGACAAAUAUAACCGGUUCGUCUUGAGCCACGUAAUUGCGCAGACGGCUCCUAUCUGUCCCGGCACACUCGAGUGCGACAUCGUGAUCGAAGCGCUCUUCAGCCUUGAACCGACGUGGAAACAGGAGGGUGUGCAACCAGUAGUUCGCGAUAUGAUCAAUCAUUCGCCAAUCUGCAAAGAUCCGUCCCGCACCGUCUACCUCGAUCUGACGGCGCUGAACAAAAAGCGCACGCAAUGGACCGUCAGGAUCUUCAGCGUCGACAGCAACAGCAGUCGCCAAGCAUCGGAGACACACGCUGAAGCUAGUGUUGAGAUGCGUGCGCCCACAGAUGCUGCCCAUCUACGCGAGUUCGCCAACUUUGAACGGCUCGUCAGUCACCAACAAUGCCUCGACGUACUGCGACUCAACCUUGACGAAGAAGGUGUGGAGGUGCUCCAGGGCCGCAAUGUAUACCGCGCAUUCAACCCGAUCGUUGACUACGGGGACGUUUACCGCGGCGUGCGUUACGUCGUGGGCCGUGGCAACGAGUGCGCGGGAAGCGUACAAUUGCCCAAGUGCCACCGUGGAGAUACCUGGCUUGAUGUGCCUCUGAGUGACAGCUUCAGUCAGGUCGGUGGCAUCUGGGUGAACCUACUGACGGACCUCCCCCCAUCAGACAUGUACAUUGCAACCGGCUGUGGGCUGUCCAUGCGCUCCCCCACGGCGCCGCCUCGUGCUGACACAGACGUCUGGCAUGUAUAUGCGCGUCAUUCUCGCCAGGGUGACAAGGCGUUCAUGACUGACCUGUUUGUGUUUGAUCCGGCAACAGGCCAGCUGGUCGAGCUGAUGCUGGGGGUGCAGUAUGGAAGGGUAGCAAAGGCAUCGAUGAGCAUGAUGCUGGCCCGCAUGACAAAGGAUGAGUCCGUGCUGCGGACCAAGACACCCUCAUCUUCUCACCCUGCUCCCACUGUCAAGUCGGUCCCAAUUGAGGCCAGCGUCGCUGUGAAGGCGAGCAGGACAACAAAGAAGAAAGCCAAGGCCAGCAAAUCCAAAUCCAGUGUGAAGAAAGACAAGGCACCGUCAGGCUGGCGGGACAUCACUGAUGAGGUGCGCAAUCUGGUGGCCACUGUAUCAGGAAUCGAAGCCAGCGAACUGGAGCUAGAUUCCGAAAUGGCCGACUUUGGCAUUGACUCUUUGAUGGGAAUGGAAUUGGGCAAGGAGGUUGAGACGGCGUUCAAGUGCACGCUGGACCAGAAUGAGCAGAUGGAAGCCACGACUCUGCGCAAGUUUGUGGCAUGCGUGUCCAACGCCCUGUUUGGUCCCAACCAGGGACAGUCGUCCAUCGAUGAGGACGAUGAGGACGACGAACACAGCGAAGACUCUUCGAAUGAAUCCUCUUCUGCUGCAAGCGACGAAGAUGCGUCGUCCGGCUUAGAAAGUCCAGACACAGGAAUCCUCACUCCAGAGGACGAGCCAUUGCCCUUGAAGGCUGUGGCAAUCCACAAGGCAGCUGGGCUUGCUGCCAUAGCCCCCCCAGUUGAGAGUCACCUGGCCCUGUCAGCGUCUGAUAUUCUCGAGUCCUUUGGCGAGGUUAAGAUGACCACAGACAGGCUUAUGCACGAAUAUGGUGUCCACAAGACAGAGAAGGUGAUGUUGGCCGGUAGCAACCGCCUCUGCGCAGCACUCGUAGUCGAAGCCUUCGACGAGCUGGGCUCGCCGCUCCGCACAGCCGCGGCCGGGCAAGUAAUCGAUCGUGUUCCGUUCCUUCCACAGCACGGCCGUCUUAUGCAGUGGGUGUACGAAUUCCUCGAGCGCGACGCCCGUCUGAUCGAUAUCGAUGUUACAAGCGGCCAGAUCACCCGCACUCAUAUCGCGCCUCCGCGCAAGACGAGUCACGCAAUCUUACAGGAACUGUUGGCUUCCGACCCCGACUUCGCCGUUCCAAACAGGCUUGCCUACUAUGCAGGAAAGCAGCUUGCAGGUGUGCUCAGCGGCUCGACUGACGGCAUCCGCGUGUUGUUUGGCAGCCCCGAAGGCCGAGAACUGACAGCUGCCAUGUACUGCGAGCACACGUUCAACUGCAUGAGUUAUGCCCAGAUGCGCGAAGUGACAAAAAUCCUGGCAGAUCGUAUCCAAAGCAGCAGUGGUAGCUCCGGAGAGACUUUCAAGGUGCUUGAGAUGGGGGCUGGCACGGGUGGCACGACGCUCGUCAUGGCGCCAUUGCUGGCAUCUCUUUCCGACAUGGGUAUGGCAGUGGAGUACACAUUUACGGACAUUUCGCCAUCUAUGGUUGCCAACGCGCGCCGCCGAUUCAGCAAACUGUACCCAUUUAUGCGAUUUUCCGUGCACGACAUCGAAAAGGCACCCGCUGACGAGCUCAAGGGGCAGCAUCUUGUCCUGGCCAGCAACGCCAUCCACGCCACUCACAACUUGGGAGUCUCCCUAUCGAACAUCCACCAGGCGCUGCGGCCCGAUGGCUUCCUGAUGAUGCUGGAGAUGACGGAAGUUGUCCCUUUCGUUGACCUCGUCUUUGGCCUGCUGGAAGGCUGGUGGCUGUUCGACGAUGGACGAAGCCAUGCCGUGGUGCCGGCGGAGCACUGGGAGCGCGAAUUGCAUGCUGCAGGGUUCGGACAUGUUGACUGGACUGACGGUAGCCUGCCUGAAAAUGCCUUCCAGAAAGUCAUCAUCGCGCUGGCAUCGGGGACGCAGGGUCCGCGUCUGCCCAAGCCAGCCAGCGUGCCUGAGCCCAUCCCAGAGCUCAAUCCCAAGAGCAUAGAGACGCGCACCGCCCACGCGGAGCAGCUCACGGCGACAUACUCCAAGGGCUGGGCCACGCCCAAGCUUCGUGCCCUUGAUGCCAAAAGUGAGGAGGGUCAGGUGAAGCCCAGCGGCACCUCUCGACUGCGCAAGGUAGACCUCGGCGCCGUCGUCCUAGUGACUGGCGCCACAGGAAGCCUGGGCUCGCAUCUCGUACAGAAACUGGCCGAUGACCCUAAUGUCGCACAGGUGGUGUGUCUCAACCGCCGCAGCAACAGUAUGCCCGCCGACAAAAGGCAGCAAGAAGCCUUAGCUACCCGUGGGAUUACACUCUCCCCUGGCGGUCGUGCAAAGCUGCGCAUCCUGGAGACCGACACCUCCAAGGCGCAACUGGGUCUCCCGCCGCUGGAAUAUUCGUGGCUCGUCGAGCACGGCACUGACAUUGUGCACAACGCCUGGCCCAUGAGCGGCACGCGUCCUGUCAGCGCGUUUGAGCCCCAGCUGCAGGCAAUGCGCAACUUGCUCGACCUCGCUCGCGACAUGGCUUGCCGCGAUAUCAAUCCGCCGAGCCGCGUAGGCUUCCAGUUUGUCUCGUCCAUUGGCGUCGUCGGCUUCGUCGGCGAGUCACGCGUGACUGAGCGCCGUGUACCGCUCUCGGCCACUCUUCCCAGCGGCUAUGGUGAGGCUAAGUGGGUGUGCGAGCGCAUGCUCGAUGAGACCCUUCACAAGUAUCCCCGUCUCUUCAGGCCCAUGGUGGUACGCCCUGGCCAAAUCUCGGGCUCCUCUACCAGCGGCUUCUGGAACCCCGUCGAGCAUUUUGCCUUCUUGGUCAAGUCAGCACAGGCCUUGCGGGCGUGGCCUGACCUGGACGGUGUCCUACAGUGGAUCCCCGUUAACUUUUGCGCGGGUAUCAUCGUCGACUUGUUGAAGAUUGCGUCGCGUGCGGACGACGCCUAUCCCGUGUACCAUAUCGACAACCCCGUGGGCCAACCGUGGAAGGCCAUGAAUCCCGUGCUGGCCUCUGCGCUCGAUAUUCCCCCGCAUGCCAUAAUUCCCUUCAAGGACUGGAUCUCGAGAGUUCGUCGGUCUCCUUUGCCGCUCGAGACAGAGAAUCCAGCUGCUCGUCUGGUCGACUUCCUUGACGACCACUUUGAGCGCAUGUCGUGCGGUGGCCUUGUUCUAGAUACGAGCAAAGCACUGGAACAUUCCCAGACCAUGGCUACCGUGGGCCCUGUAAGCUCUGAUGUGGCCCGACUUUACGUGGCUUCUUGGAAGAAGAUGGGAUAUCUGCACUCGUGA